AGCGCGGCGCGCACGUGGUUGUGUGGCGCUGCCGUGGUGGCUCGUGGUGUUUGGUGGUGAUUCGUGGUGUUUGGUGGCGGUUCGUGGUGUUUGGUGGUGAUUCGUAGUAGUUCGUGGGAAUUUGUUUGAGUUGCAUUCUUAGACAGUUAAAUUGUUGAGCUUCGCAUCCGCGGUCCCGAUGGCGGUGUCCGCGCCGCAGAAGCGCUUCUACAGGCAGCGCGCUCACUCCAACCCGAUGGCCGAUCACACAUUUGAGUACCCCGUGAACCCUGAGGCGAUGGACUGGUCAGUUCAUUACCCAGAAUUCUUCACAUUGCCAAAGGUAGCAGCCAAGGAAGAGCACGGAGGCAUGCCAGCUGCCGUAGCGGAGGCAGAGAAGUGGCUACAGCCCCAGGUGGAAUUUGCAGACAUUGGAUGUGGCUACGGUGGACUGCUGGUGGAGUUGUCUCAGCUCUUCCCACGCACGCUCAUCCUGGGCAUGGAGAUCCGUGUGAAGGUGUCGGACUACGUGCGCGACCGCAUCACCGCCCUGCGCACCGCCCAGCCCGGCCACUAUGGCAACAUCGCCUGCAUCCGCACCAACGCGAUGAAGUACCUGCCAAACUUCUUCCGCAAGGGACAGCUGAGCAAGAUGUUCUUCCUGUUCCCGGACCCCCACUUCAAGAAGACCAAGCACAAGUGGCGAAUCAUCAGCCCGACACUGCUCGCUGAAUACGCAUACAUCUUGCGACCUGGGGGUCUGGUCUACACCAUCACGGAUGUGCAUGAGGUCCACCGGUGGAUGCUCAAGCAUUUUGAGGAACACCCACUCUUCCAUCACGUUCCCCUCGAUGAGUUGGAGGACGACGUCAUCGUGAGCCAGCUGGGAGAGUGCACCGAGGAGGGGAAGAAGGUGACACGCAACGGAGGAGAAAAAUUCACGGCCGUCUUCCGGCGCAUCGCAGAGACUCGGCCUUUGGGCUCCUGACCUUGCUGGGCUCUAGUUGACCUUGCCGGGCUCCUCUUGACCUUGCCGGGCUCCUCUUGACCUUGCCGGGCUCCUCUUGACCUUGACAGGCGACCCUUGGCCUUGCCUGGCGUUGCCGUUUAACCCGGUGAACUUAUUACACAAUCCACAGUCGGUGCCUUGCUGAUAAGAGACCGGCAGUGUUGAUACUGAUUGACAUUCAAUAUUUGGUUCGUUGUCCACGUUAAUUCUGAACGAAACGUUCCACACACAAUAAGUGCACAGUGCAAUGUGGGUAAAACAGCUACAGGGCGACUUUAACUUGUGCAAAUCUGCACGGGCAUGACUUUUGAACUUGGCUUUUGAACAUGGCUGCUGAUUUCAGACACGAGUUAGCUGUCGUUAGUCAUUGAAUCUAGAACACCUCACACCAGGAAUGUAAUUCUAGUUUUAAGAUGGAUACCUGGUGCACUGCAAGUAUUUGAACGUUUCUUUUGUACCUAUACUUAAUUUUUCGUACAAUUGUCAACGUCUCCGUGUAUCAUGGUUUACAUGGUUGUGUUAUGUUGCCUUGGUGCAGGGGACAGGUUGCCAAAUGUUUUAAUUAAUGGGAUCGAAGUUCUGUUUGGAUCAUGUCUCUCUUGGCCUUAUUCAUAUAUAUUUCGUGUACAUUUACAAAGCGUGUCUUAAUUUAAUAAGGAGUAAAGGCGUUUUUUUUU